AUGCACGACAACCGCCCACCGCGAGCAGCAAGACAGACCGAAGAGACGCAUUCUCAGGAUCCAAGCAUGGAACCUCCACGGCCAGUCCCCUCGUCCUCUAGGCAACGUUCAGAAGACCACACAGAAUCAUGGAUCGAAGUCGGAUCAAGACCAUCUUCUUCAUCGCUCUCCUCCGCUGCCGACGAGAUUAUUACCACGGGACUCACUGUCCAGCACGACUCAAACCUGCACCGACGAAACAGACGUACACGAGGCGGUGGUCGGUUUCAAAUAGGCACUGGGUAUAGGGUCACAGGUGCAGGAGGGAACAGCAGUCAGGAAGAAUAUGAGGAGAGCGAGAGCGAAUCGGACAGGGUCAUGACGUCCUCGAAUGAAGGCAUCGGCCCGUCACCCCUAAGGCACGAGAUAAAUCGCCCAGCUCGGAGUCCGCAGUCAGUCGCUUCCUCGGAAACCAUGUCGGAGAGAGAAGAAGAUGAUGAAGACGAUGAUGAGAAUGCAACGGCAGUGAACUACCCUCGAUCGUCAAGACGAGAGUUUCAACCACGACCAAAUGCCUUCUCGCACCCCAAUAGUCAGCAAGCGAUACGAUCGCAGUCCGGAACGGUGUACACCCCUCGUCGCAAUGUAAGGCCAGACUCGCACCGACAGCACUCAUAUCCUCAGCACUCGCCCUACAACGUUAUAGCGCCCAGCUACCAACCAGAUCACGACGAAGCAUUACGCGCCAGUCUAUCGACACUUCUAUCCGCUGCCGCCGCUGUACGAGGGCUCCCAAAACCUGGGCAGCCACGCACGAACGCCCCUUCGUCCGCUCGAGUCGACCCAACGUCACUCCGUCUCGUCCCAGAAUCAGUAGCCUUGGGUGAUGUGUCAGAAGAGACGGCAUCUUCUCCCCGCACCGCAAGUAGCAGUCCCUCAGACAAGUCCAAGCGUAAAGCAAGCCCCCCUGUCGUAGCAGGUGCGCGAAGUAGUAGCAAAGAUCGCCGUGCUGUUAAGAAGCCGCGAAAGACAGGUCCGCUCAUUGAAGAAAUUAGUCCCACCCUGUUCACGUGGGUUGUCAGCGCUGGCGUUGUGGUUCUAGUGAGCGCGCUGAGCUUCUCAGCAGGCUAUGUAGUUGGCAAAGAGGCCGGCCACGCUGAAAUUCUUGGACAGAUGGGUGUCGCCGGCACUGAAGUAGGAGGAUGUGCGAAAGAGGCUACCUCUGGGUUGAAGGGAACUGGGCUGGGUCUCCGUAAGCUCCGAUGGACUGGAGGCGCUGGGAUUCGAGCUUGA